UGAAAUUGCGUUCGGCGCUUGACAGUUUCUACUGCCUAUCGACGUUGACCCACUGGUCUCAUCCGGCGUGCCUUCGAGAGACGUUACGUGUGCUUCAUUCUGUCAUGAACAUCUGGGCUGAGCAUCGUAAUCCAGAAGGCCGUACCUACUGGUUCAAUACCGGGACGAAGCAGAGCGUAUGGGAGAAGCCUGAUGGUUUGAAGACACCGUUCGAGGGCGCCUUGAACCAAACAAAAUGGAAGGAAUAUUUCUCAGGGGGGCGAAAGUACUAUUACAAUGCCGAGACGAAGGAAUCGAAAUGGGAUAUGCCUGAUGAAUUGUUACUAGUUCUUGAGAAGGUGGAGAAGGAAACGCAAGCACCAGCAAACGUGGCCCCAAGAGCAGUGACAGCGCCAGGUUUUACUCCAGUCGCAGGAGCUAUACAAGGUGGAAACGUCCCCAUGGGAGGUGCUGACACGUCCUCAUCCACGUCCGCUUCCCAGCCCAGUCAAAACGGCACAAGCCUCGCCGUCGGUGCACACACUGGCGCCCUCCCGUUGGCUGCCAACACCGUUUUGCCAACCCGACCCAACCUGCCAGAAGAUCCAGUAAUCCCGCAUAAUGGAUUUUUGACUCUUGAAGAAGGAGAAAAGGCUUUCACCCAUUUGUUGAGGAAAGCAGGAGUGGAUGCGACUUGGACUUGGGACCAGACGAUGCGUGCCAUUAUCACUGAUCCACUGUACAAAGCUCUCAAUACUCUCGCCGAGAAGAAAGCCUGCUGGGAGAAGGACACUACAGGCCUAAAGCAGAAAGAACAAGAGGAAAGGGAAGCACGGUUAUCGAAGCUACGACCAGCUAUCCGGAACAUGUUGAAAGGCAAUCCCAAUGUGUUUCAUUACAGCACGUUUCCUACUGCAGACAAACUUUUUUCCCAGCACCCGAUCUGGCAGCAAGCAAGGGUUGAAGCGGAGCGGAGGCUUAUUUUCGAGGAAUAUGUAACUGAACUCAAAGAACGUGAAGUGGACGAGACUCGCGCCGCUCGAGCACGAAGCGUAGCUAAAGUUGUCGCGCUUUUCAAGGAGCUUCAAGUUGAUGUCACCACACGAUGGCGCUCAGCUCAUCAGCUUCUCACUGAGUCUGACGAAUGGAACUCAGACCUCGAGUUGCGCAAGUUGCCUACUCUCGAUAUUCUUCUUGCAUUUGAAGAUUACAGUAGAGUCCGCGAGAGAGAAUAUGAAGAGCAGAUGAGGAGAGCUCAGGUCGAGAAAACAAGGCGCGAACGAAAAGCUCGUGAAGCCUUCAAGGCUCUCCUUCAUGAGUUGGUACAGGAGAGGAAGAUCAAAGCCCGGACGAAAUGGAAGUCAGUUUACCCCCUCUUCCGUAGCGAUAACCGCUAUCUUGACAUGCUCGGAAAUCCUGGAUCCAACCCCCUCGAAUUAUUCUGGGAUAUUGUCGAUGCUUUAGACCAGCAGUUCGACGGGAAGAUCGCUAUCGUUGAGGACGUCAUUAGGAAGCACAACGGGAAGCUGGAAGCCACCGAAAAGUCGGAAGAUGGAAUAGAUGCAGAGGGCUUGUUCGUUGUGACUCCUGAAACUACGUGGGAGCAAUUCUCUGCGGUGGUUGAUCCUAAGAAGGAUUCAGCAUUGCAAGCACUUUCGGAAGACGACCUCCGUCUGGUUUCCAAGUCGGUCAUAGAUGCUGCUACCAAGAAGCAGGCCGAUGAAAAGAGGCGAGCGGAGCGAAAACAACGCCAUUUGCAGGAUGAUCUUCGCUAUGCUAUGAAAAAGCUUUCCGAGCCGAUCGACAUCAACAUGAAAUACGAAGAUGCCAUCCCUCUCAUCGAGAAUCUUCCUGAGUACAAGGCCUUGGAAGAUGAAGACGGCAGACGAGCAGCCUUUGCGAAGUACGUCAAGCGUCAGAAGGAACGAAUGCGCGAGGCUGGUUCUGAGGACGGCGGUUCCGCCACGAGUCGGAAACGCAAAGAGCCAAGCCACCGUGACGAUGACCGCGACAAAGAUAGGGACCGCGAACGGGGUGAAAAGGACAAACGCGACAAGGAUUCCCAUCGUGACCGAGACCGAGACAAGGAUCGCGAGAGGGACCGCGAACGUGGAAAGGAUUAUGAGCGAGGAGGGAGGAGCUCCAGACAUCACCACCGUUAUGACGACUAUGACUCUGAGCGCCGGGGUUCUCGAGACUAUGGCCGUGAAAGGGACGACAGGGACAAGGACCGUGACGGGUACCGGUCAUCAAAAUAUCACCGCGACGACGACAAGAGGAAGGACAGGGAUGGUCGAGACGGAAGACGCGAACGUGAUCCUAGUCGUGGAAAAGAUUGGGACGAGACGCCACGACGAGCUGCUGAAAGAGAGCGUAGCAAUCCUAUCUUCAAGGACGAAGGCCGCGAGAAGCGCGAGCACGAUGACGGAAGUCAAGGCGACCGUGCUGAAAAGGGUGCGCGGUAUGACCGCGAGGACCAGGCGUCGGACCAGAUGGAUGUGGACAAGAGACAGGACUCGGCUCGUGCAGAGACACCGGAGGAGGGUGAAAUCUAGU